AUGCCGCCAGGAAGUGAAUACACCUCCGGCGGGGGCGGCAAACUCAAACUCAAAGGCUCAAAAGUGAGCGACGGUCGGGUAGAGAAGAAGAAGAAGAAGAAAGCCAAGAAAAACCACGACAGCCCCGACAAAGACGGCGAUGGACCGAGCCACCGGGAACUAGUGGGCGAGGAGACUCCGUCUAUGUCUAUGUCGGCGCCGGCGCGGGAUGAGAUCGAACGGGUUGAAGAGAUAGGGGAGUCUGUCGAAUCUAGUGGUGGUUCGGUAGGGAAGACAGAGGCGGAGAGGAAGUAUGAGGACAUGAGGAAGAAACGGCUACAAGAACGUCUAAAACGGGAAGGCGUCAAAACCCACAAAGAGCGAGUGGAAGAGCUAAACAAGUAUCUGAGCCGAUUGAGCGAACACCACGACAUGCCGAAAAUUGGACCUGGUUAA